UUUGGCUAUUCAGUCAUGUUUCGCUUUAACAAGUUAUUAGUGACCUUAUUGGUCUUGGCUUUGCAGAGUUGUCUCUGCCAGGCAGCAGCUGUGGAUCUGGAGAGAGCCAGCAGCAGCAGUGAAGCCACAAGAGAUUGGUGGCAGGUGGCACAGUUUUAUCAGAUCUAUCCUAGGUCCUUUAAGGACGCCAAUGGCGAUGGUAUUGGUGAUCUGCAGGGAAUCAUCUCCAAGCUGGACUACCUAAAGGACAUUGGAGUGACGGCUACUUGGCUGUCGCCGAUAUACACCUCACCCAUGGUGGACUUUGGCUAUGACAUUGCCGACUUCUUCGACAUUCAGCCAGAGUAUGGCACACUCACAGACUUCGAUCAGCUGAUCGCGGAAGCCAACAAAAGAGGUCUCAAGAUCAUACUGGACUUUGUGCCCAAUCAUUCGAGUGAUGAGAACGUGUGGUUCAAGAAGUCUGUGCAGCGGGCGAAGGGCUACGAGGAUUACUAUGUGUGGCACGACGGAUACGUGAAUGCCUCAACGGGAGAGCGACAGCCGCCUUCAAAUUGGCUGCAAGCCUUUAGAGGCAGCGCCUGGGAAUGGAAUGACGAACGCCAACAGUAUUAUCUGCAUCAAUUUGCUGUCCAACAGCCCGAUCUCAACUAUCGCAAUCCCGCAGUUGUCGCCCAAAUGAAACGCGUACUCACCUAUUGGCUGGAUCGCGGCGUAGCCGGAUUUCGCAUUGAUGCCGUGCCCUGGUGCUUUGAAGCCCUGCCCGAUGCGGAGGGUCGUUAUCCCGACGAGCCGCUUAGCGGAUAUACAGAUGAUCCGGAUGAUGCGUCCUUCCUAAAGCACAUCUAUACGCAGGAUCAGCCCGAAACCGUGGACAUGGUUUACCAGUGGCGUCGCCUGCUCGAUGAUUACAAGCGUGUCCAUGGCGGCGAUACACGCAUCCUCAUGGUCGAGACCUAUUCGGCUGUCGACUAUGUGAUGAAAUUCUAUGGUAAUCGCACAACCAACGGCGCCCAGAUACCCUUCAAUUUCCAGUUCAUAGUCGGUGGCAAUGGUGAUAAGGAUAACACACAAUUGAAUGCUGUGGGAUUUGUGAAGAUCAUCAACAGCUGGUUGGGACAGAUGCCCGCGGGACAGACUGCUAAUUGGGUGAUGGGUAACCAUGAUCAGAGACGCGUGGGCAGUCGAUAUGGAGAGCAGCGUAUUGAUCUGAUGAACAUGCUGCAGAUGUUUUUGCCCGGCGUGAGUAUUACCUAUCAGGGGGAGGAGCUGGGUAUGACUGACUUGGACAUAAGCUGGGAAGAUACACGUGAUCCGGCUGCCUGCAAUUCCAAUGCGAAUAUCUACGAGAGUUUCACCCGAGAUCCCGCUAGAACACCCUUCCAGUGGAGCAGCGGGACAAAUGCUGGAUUCUCCACCAAUAGCACCACUUGGUUGCCCAUCAAUCCAAACUAUGUGACUGUCAAUGUGGAGACUGAGAGUGCCGCCGACUCCAGUCACCUCAAGUUUUAUAAGCAACUGGUGGAGUUGCGUAAGACGAAGACGUUGCAAUACGGAAAUACAAGAUACGCAGCAGUUAAUGACAAUGUGGUGGCCAUCAAGAGAUCACUCAGUGGUCAGACUAGCUAUAUUCUGGUGGCCAAUGUGCUGGGCACCUCUGUCAGCGGGGUGGAUGUGGCCAGUGUGCUGUAUGCCUCUGGUAGCUAUAAGAUCAAGUUAGCCAAUCCAGCGUCUAAGGGAACUGUGGGGAACAGCGUGACGAUGAGCAGCCUGGCGUUGGAGCCAUAUGCGGCGCUGAUUUUGGAAUCUGCUUAGAUGGCUUAUAAAAUUAUGUUGUAUAUAUACGCUUUGUCAUAAGUUAUCAAGAAUUUAUAUGUAUAAUAUAUAUAUGUUUGUGCGUUUAUCUCGUAUAAAAGUCAUUGCCAAACGACA